GUCCUCCUGCCAAUGAGACGGAACCAGCAGGGUUUAUGUUAUUCAAAACCUCACAUGAUUAUUUUUCCAUUUAAAGCUGCUGGUUGUGCAGUAAUUUAAAAGUAUGCUGGACAGUUCUGACAUUGAUGUGAGUCUGUUGAGCAAAUACUGGUAGAACAAAACAACACACCACUAGCUACAAGUAAAUUUCAUUUAUGGCAAAAAAUGAGAAAAUUAUUUGUUUCACGUUUCUCCCAAAGAGAAACUAUGGUGUUCUUCUUGACCAUAUUAGAAACUAUAGCAGUCACCUGUAAACUUAUUUCUAUACAACUAACUACAUAAGUAGCUGUUCAUUAAUCAAUGAUUAACAUAUGAAUAAAUGAUAAUCUAUGAGCUUACGAUUGAGUUUCCGUUCACAAAUCACUUAAUGUAAAUGAAUGAACCACAGAGGGCAAAAGGAAAACAAAUCAACAGAUUACAGUUUUAUCCUGAACCAAGAAACCUGCCAGUGCGUUUGAAAGGCAUGUUAUCUUUAAAAAGGCCAAAUAACACCAUUUAUCAGAGCCAUAAACUGUAAAAACAUUAAGAAUUGUUGGAUUUUUUUACUUUUUUAAACUAAUCAUUUGUAGUGUUCCAUUAGAAAAUGUGAUCCAAUCUGAUAUUUCAUCAAAUUCACUUUCUUCUAUGUCUCAUUGUCUUAAAAAAAUCCUACAAAUAAACUGUUAAAAAAAAAAAACAAAAAAAAAAACUCCACUGCUUGGUGAAAUUGUUAAGCUAUUAGUGACUCUACUGCGACCAACAGUUAAGUGACAGAAAUUCUAGGAUUUUUUCCCUGAACUGCAGGCAGUGUUUAGAUAUAGAUCCUUAGAUAUAGAUAAGCUAGUGUAAAAAAAAUACAUAACAUAAAAUAUAGGCAUGUGGAGUCACCAUUAUUUUUCUCAGUGUUGGUAUCAUCUGUGGGAACUUGGAAAAUGCAGUACAUGUUGACUCCAGGUUUUGUUUUUAGUUUUUGUAAAAACAAAUAGUCCAAGUCCACUGUUAAUCAAAGAUAGUAACAGUAAAAACAUAAAGAAUUAUUGGAUUUUUAACUUUUUGACAGACUAAUAAUCUGUAACUUGCUGUUCAUUUAGAAAACUUGACUAAAAAAACGAGCUUGAAAUUAUGGCAUUAUUAAAGAUCUGAUUUUUCUAUGUUUCAUUUGAAAACAAAUCGUUUGCUCUCACCCAAUUCUGUAAAAAAAAAAAAAAAAAAAAAAGCAAUAUUACGCAUUCCUUGGCACAACUGUGAAGCCAUUAGUGACUUAGCUGAGACCAAAUAUAACAACAAAAAUUCAGGGACUUUAGGCUAGAUGGUAAGAAAAAAAAAUUUAAUUAGUAAAAUAUUUCUAUGUGGUCACCAUUUAUUUUUAAAUUAAAUAUUACGUCUUUAUAUUAUUAUUAUCAAUAUUAUUAUUAUUAUUGUCAUAAUGAUAAUAAUAAGACUAUAUUUUUCAAGGAUUUAUGGUAUUACGGUAUUUUAUUAUUGUAACUUUCUUAUGCUACACACGAGACAUUUCUGAGAUCUCUCUCCUUCUUCAUGGUUGUUCUGUUUCCGUAGAGGCGCAGAACAGUGAAAAAUGAACCCACAGUGAGGGAAAAUUUGACAGGAUCAGGAUGUGCUGCUCUUGUUUGCAGCUACAAAAUAAAAUCCCAACUUCCUUGGUUUUCUUACCAUGACUGCAGAUGGAUGCAGCUGAGCGGAUCUUUCUUUAAACCUACAGAGAUGCAGAUAAACAGAACAAAUACGGAGUAAGUUAAACAGCUAACCUAAAGGCACAAAACAAACAGGGACGCCACAUUUUCACCUACAUAAACCGCACGAAGCGACGACUUCAUACACACGUAAACACACGCUGAACAUUUUCCACCCAAACACACUUACCUGAGUGCUGUUAACCGUGAGCUGUUAGCGCAGCUCAUGCUACUUCCUGUUAGGAAAUCUCCCAGCAUCCUUUGAGGCACAGCAACAGCGCUGCCGGCUGCGUGGCGCCAUCCAGUGGACCCUAUGAGGAAAUGCAGCAAUAUUCAAGUUGCAGUAAAUGGGCCGGAUUUUGCACGAGGCUAAUUGCAGUGUUCUUCACCAACUGUUGAUCAGUGGAACAGCAAAUACUACAUUGUCUGCAAUCACGUCCUCUGUCGCACAGUACACUGUUGUCUGCAUGCAGCAGUUCGACGUGAGUUUGGAUCUCUUGGCCGGUAUGGACGGAUGGAGGCUGUGGUUUGUUCUGCUUUGGCCACUGUGUUUGUGUGCUGACAACAGAGUGACUGUUACAAAAACCAUCGAUAGAGGACCAGACGUCACUCCAGUGUGCAUCAGGAAAAGCCUUUUAUUAGCAACAUGUAAGAUCAACACAGGGAGACACCAGGACGAAGACUGCUGCCAGCUGCACACAGAUGUCCAGCGUUCUGAAUGUGAAUGCGACUCCAGGUUCAGGCUGGAAAACAAGAAUCAAAAAGUGUUUCUGUACCUGAGCAGUUUGUGGGCAGCUGACAGUGGAAACUACACCUGUGAAUGUUCAUAUGAGAGAGGAACACAUGUUCUCCAUCUUAGCAUUACUGUGGAAGAUGGAAAGGACGGUGCUUCUUCCACCUUCAAGUUCAUGGCUAUAGUCGUCCUCAUCACUCUUGCUGCUGCUACUACAUUCAUCAGUGCAGCUGGAAUAAUCUGUGGCCACAUCCUGAGAAUAAAUCAUCACAGACAAAACACAUCUGGAGCACCUGAGCCAGCCAGAUGUGAACCUCUACAGUCUUUGGAGCAGGACGACACCUAUACCAGCCUUCAGCGUCCAGACAACGACGUCUACCAGUCUGUCUCCAUCAAUCACCUACUUCAUAACACUGGCUUCAGAUCAGCCUGCACUGAUACAGCCAUCGUCUACACCAACAGUCAGGCAGCACAUGGGAAAGAACAUGAUUUUAACUCAGUUUAUGCAGUCUAUGAAACGAUCUAAAACUAAUCCAGAGACAGUACACAUCCUGCAUUACUGGCACAUACACUUAUUUUCCAGCUUUCAUGAAGGUUUUGACCUGAAAGCACAAUGCUGAUGUUAGUUUGAAAUGAUUCGGAUGCUUCAGAUUGACAGAAAAUUAGCUUUUGUACACUGUUAACACAAACAGUAUAAACUUAUUCACUGAACAUUUCUGAUGAACUUAUACUGUUAAACAAUAAUUUCCUUAAAUCCAUCAGUCUUUCUGUGUCUGUGUGAAGUUGAUUUGAAUUUCUGGAAUUUAUACUAUCUACACUGUAAAAAAAAUACUGUAAAAUAACAUAAAAUAGUCUCAUAAAGAUAAUGAUUUUGAUAGUUUAUAUAGUUAAAAUAUAUUUUCUAGCUUUAAUGUUACAUGAAAUCAUCCAUAUUUUUUAAUUGUUUGAUGAAGAAUAUUUACACAAGGAAACGUGUGUGCGUGUGCGUGUGCGUGUGUGUGUGUGUGUGUGUGUGUGUGUGUGUGUGUGUGUGUGUUGUGUGUUUUCAUAUUUUUUCCUUCUGCACAUGUAUGUGUGUAUAGAAUAUGAUGGAUGUGUGUGUGUGUGUAAAAUUCCAAAACUGAUGCUGUUCUGUUUUCUGCUAAGAUUUGUAUCUAAUUUUAGAAAUACAUUUAAAGUACUAAACUUGAAUUUAAAUUUCAUCCUCAUGAAGUUUCCUACUUUUUUUUGUCAAACAGUUGAAGUUUUCAUUUUAAAUUUAAAUUUUAUGUUUUUCCACAGAUAGUCUUUGAUGCUAUUUUACAUUUGACUUUACUUUGUUUCUGUAUUUUUUUUAAAUUUAAUUUUAUUUCAAAAAUACAGGAAAAAAGUUAAAUAAGAAUGACAGAUUUCAUUUUAUUUUAUGGUACAGAAGGAGCAGCUCUGUGGUAAGAUAUGUGCAUCUUUGUUCUGUUGGAUUGAGGCUGGAGAGGUUCUUUAUUUACUUGUGAGAUGACACAGAUCCUCUUUAAACCAGAUGACGAUCUAGUGAGGGCUUGUGAUGAGAUUAUCUGAUGGCAAAUCAGUCACAUAUGAUACGUUGUAGUUGCAAACAAGACCAAAUAUUCUUGUUGAAUCACAAACAAAGCAGCAAAUGUUAUCAGAAAGUCCUUUUAGCCUCUGAAGUUACAAACGAGUGUGGCAAUUCUCAGCUAGACUAUCUUUUUGUUUUUUAUGACAGCAGUGUUGUCUUCCACUUCCUUUUUAUACCUCGUACCAGCUCAUACCUUUGUGAGAACCGUGAACCUGAGGUUUUGAGUGCAAAGGAGUGUGCAUGUGGUCCUGUAGUACUGUAUACUGUACACUAUCAGCAGCAGCUGCACACUCGCUCACACGUCUUGACCAGUAUGGCUGGAUGGAAACUGUGGCUUGUUCUGCUUCUACUGUGGACAUGUUGCACUGACAGCCGAGUGGCGGGAGAGCGACUGGUGAAAACCAUUGGUAAAGAACCAGAUGUGACUCCAGUGUGUCCUGAUGAAACCCUGCAAACUAUCACAGUGAUAACAUGUAAAAUCAGCACAGAGAGAAGCAUUGGAGAAGAAUGUAAUCUCACUUAUCAAUAUGGACACGACUUUGAACACGGAUGUGACUCCAGAUUCUCUCUGAUUAAAGAAAACCAAACUGUAUUUCUCCGUGUGAGCAACUUAACACCAAACGACAGUGGAAACUACACUUGUCAGUGUUCAUACCUUGAAGGAACAUAUACUCUCCAUCUCAGUAUCACUGUGGAAGGUGAUGAAGAUGGCACCACCAUCAGUUCCACGGAAACAUCUUUCUUUUUCAUCCUGACUGGAGUGAUUGUAUUCGUCAUUAUAUUUGGACUUAUCCUGGGAUUUAUCUGCAGAAAAACGUGCCACAGCAGAAGACAGCAGCUGCCCAUAACCAGCCUUCCAAACACGGAAACAGAGGAGAUUGAGCCAUACAGUGUGUUCAUGCAGAAAGAGAAUGUGCUUUAUUCAACUGCCAGACCACACAGUUAUUGACCUGAUAAUUCAAAUGUGUUUGAAGGACAAACUUAGGGAUACUUCUGUCAUUGUGAAACAUCUGCUUCUAUGUGAUAGGUGUUUCUGAGUUGAAACCAAGUCAAACCUGCUGUCCAUUAUGCUGCCGUGCAACUGUUUCACUUAUUUGUAAUAACAUUUCAUCAAAUGCUAUUAAUUUAAAAUCCAGAUUUGUUUUUGUAAGUACAUUUAAUUCCUUGUGUAAAUUUAACGUUUAAAAAGAACAUUAACUUUGUUUAACAAAGAACCUAACAAUAAUCGAGUAAAUUAUUAGCUAAACAAAGCUGAUUCUCUCCAGUCCUCAUGAUCAGUGGUUGUGCUUCAGUUCUUUUGAACAUCAGACUCUCACUCGGAGGGCUCGGCUUCCACUUAUACUUAACGUCUUCGAGCUUCCUGCAGACAUCCUGUCCUUACCCACAUCUGUGUCAUGUUGCACAUACGCCUCCUUUGCACUUCAAUGAUCUGCACAAGACUUUAGAGACCACCUUGCAAAAAUCACAUACGUCUUAGUUUCCAUCCAUUCUUGAUGGUGGUCGUCCCUAUUUUACUGUAUAUGCACAGCUGAAAGAGAAGGACAGACCAGCUGAGCACAACAGAAAUCAUCAAUGACUUGUGCAUGAGUCUGUGUAAUCUGCAUGAAAUACCAUGUUGGACCUCUGACACUUGAGUUUCAAUGUUAUUAAGCCAAUCAUCUUUAAAAUAUUCUUUACUGUGAGGACUAUGCUCACUGUGGUAGACCCCAUCUGAGCCAAACAAAUCUUGAUCUUGAUCUUAUCUAACCUACACAACCGUUCAGAACUUUGAGGUCACUUAGAAAUGCCCUGAUUUUUUAAAUAAAAGUAUUUUUUUCAAUGAAGACAACAUUGAACUAAUCAGAAAUACAGUCUAGACAUUGCUAAUGUGGUAAAUGACUGAUGAUUUUUAAUGGAAUAUCUACAUAGGGGUACAGAGGCAAAUUUCUAGGAACCAUCACUCCUGUGUUCUUAUGCUACAUUGUGUUAGCUAAUGGUGUUCAAAGGCUAAUUGAUGAUUAGAAAACCCUUGUGUGAUAAUGUUAUCACAUGAGUAAAAGUGUGAGUUUUCACGGAAAACAUGAAAUUGUCUGUGUGACCCCAAAUUUUUGAAUGGUUGUGUAUAUGCUAAGUCUGAAGCACUAGCUUGGAUGUUUCCAAGCUAGUGCAAAACUGCACUAGCUUGGAAACAUGCAAUACUUUCCCACAAAAAUUGGGAAAGUAUUACACUAUUUAUGGCAUCAUUUUAGGCGGAUGAUCACUGAAGCUCUGAUUAGUGGUUCUAAGGCUCAUCGUUCUCUACCUCCUGAUUUUUGCUCACUGAUCUCCCUGAAUCCUUUUCUAUCUUUGUGAAAUCUGACAUUCAGAUUUUUCAGUUUCUCUGGCAGUUCUUUUCCAUGUGGAGCCAUGAUGCAGACUUGCUUAUAGGUCCAAAACUGAAAAAUUCUGGUGUUCACAGCUCAUUUUUAUAACCUUGUUCAUGCAACUUGGAUCAUCUGGAAAUCACAGGUGUACUCAGUUCUGUGUAGCUCACAGUUUGCUUUAAGUUUCUAGUUUAGGGUCAGUAUUUUCAAUAUAGUCUCUCUAAAGUAUUUCUUUUGUAAAUGUUCGUAAGAUGAGAAAUCGUGUAACAAUUGAGAAGUGAAGCAAUUUGCACAGAGGUGUUCUCACUUCCGUUAUACUCUGUAUAGUGAGGGCUGUGAGGGACAUAUUGCACUUCCGCUUAAAACACUUCAUCUUGGAUACUUAUAAGGUGUUACUUUGAGGUUUAGGUAGUUAAAGAGAUGUGUCUGUGUUUGCCUUUCUCUAAGUACAGACUCAUGUAUAGAGGCAAAAAUACUGUCACUGCUCUGUGACAUUAAGGCUCAAAGAAAACAUUCAUAAGAAGUACAUCCAACCACUCCACCACGGUUUAAAUAUGCUGAGAAAUUCUCAUGCUCGCUUGCUGUUUGACCUUUUCAAGCAGUCCUGUAGACACUCUUCCUGUUUAGAAGAGAGGUUAUUUUGAUGUUUAGAUGGUCAGAGAACAGUUUAAAGCAGAGUGUCGGAGUUGCUCCUUCAGCACCAUGUUCACUGUUGUGGUCUCUCUGGGCUUUUUCCUGCUUCUGCCAACAUCUAUGUGUUUUGGCAGUCAAGGUAAUUAUGUUUUUCUCAAAUUAUCGCUAUAUUUUUGGUUUAAAGAGGAUUUAGUUUUCAAUUACAUUUACAAAUGUAGUUUAUUCUCACAAGAUGCUGAAAUGCAGGACUUUCUUGUAAUAUUGAUUGUAAUCAAUUGAUUUCAGUGACUCUUGAGAAGACUGUUGGGAACAAACCAGAUGUUACUCCAAUAUGCAUCAAUGAGACGCUGAAUAUCAUCACACUGAUACUUUGUAAGAUCACAACAGAGAGGAACAGGGAACAAGAGUGUCAUCUGGUGUACAGCUAUGAAUACGACCUUUUUAAUGGAUGUGACUCCAGGUUCAGACUCGUAACCAAGAAUCAGACUGUAUUCCUCCACCUGAGCAGUUUAACACCAGCUGAUAGUGGAAACUACACCUGUGAGUGUUCAUAUUCUGGAGGAACAGAUAUUUUCCAUCUCAUUGUUACAGUGGAGGAAGCGGUGAGCAGUUCCACAAAAAAAUCAGUUUUAAUUUCUUCGAUUGGUGCAUUAAUACUCAUCACUGUGACGGGAGUUCUUCUGGGAUUUAUUCACCAGAGGAAAAGUUUCAGAAGCAAAGAAGCACCUGGAUUAUCUGUCCAUGAAACUUCUGGCUCUUUGGAUGGAAAUGACCCAGGCGACACGUACAUGAGCCUUCAGUAUCCUGCAGAUGAUCUCUACCAAACUGUCUCCUCAGUUCACCGUCAACACAGCACCCAGACGAACAACAGAGAAGUCCACCUGGACAAUGAGGACCUAAGUUGUGAAAUCUAUGAAAACAUUUAAAUCAAGUCAACAUAUAUAUACUACCGUUCAAAAGUUUGAGGUCACUACGAGAUGUCUUUAUUUCUGAAAGAAAAGCACUUUUUUUCUAUGAAGAUAACAUGAAAUUCAUCAGAAAUACAGUCUAGACAUUGUUUGUGUGGUAAAUGACUAAUGAUUUUUAAUGGAAUAUCUCCAUAGGGGUACAGAGGAAUAUUUCCAGCAACCAUCACUGUUAUGUUCUAAUGGCACAUUGUAUUAGUUAAUGGUGUUGAAAGGUUAAAUGAUGAUUAGAAAACCCUUGUGCAAUUAUGUUAGCACAUGAAAAAAAAUGUGAAUUUUCAUGGAAAGCAUGAAAUUGUCUGAGUGACUCCAAACUUGUGAAUGGUAGUGUAUGUUUUAUGCAUCAUGAGGAUUCAUUAAAACAGAAGCUUCAGAACUUUAUGGGACAAAAAGGGAAAAAAAAAACUUAAAAACACUGAAAAUCCGGCAGCAGGAAUGUUAGGAAAUUAUUGCUGAAAACAAGUGGAAUCCUGUAACAUGAAGAACUAUAAAAACAAACAAACUGUGAAAAUCACUGUAAAUAUCUGUAAAAGAUUGACAUUCUUAGCUGAUUCAAAUACAGUAAAUAAAUGCUAUUUUACGGUCACACAUUGUAAAAGAAUUAACAACCACUUGUAAAAAUACAGAUUUAUAAUGUAGACAUUUUUUGCUAUUUUUGUAGAAUAAUGAUAUUUUUGCUGAUUUAAAUGUGACCAAACAAACUAUGAUAAUUUACACUCAAAUGGGAUAAAAGAACAAAUUAAUAUUUGUAACAAUACAGAUAUUUGAUGAGGAGUUCAUUUUCAGUUUGGUUAACAUGUAAAUGAAAACAUUUUUCCUGUGAUUUUACCAGAAAACACAGAAAUUAACCAAAAAAAAUUACAGUUAAACAAUGUAUUAAGUGUUUUUGUAAAAUGAUAUUUUUUCUGAUUUAAAUACAGUAAAAACAGUAACUUUAUAGUUCGAUUACUAUUUGUAAAAAAUGUUUUUAUUAUGAAAAUGUAAUUUUUUCAAUGAUUUUACUAAAUCUUUUGUCAUUUAGCAAAUUGUGGAAAGCUGUAAAAUUACAGUUAAAAUUAUUUAUUUGCUUUUGUAAAAUAAUAUUUUUGCCAAUUUAAUUACAUAAAAAAACUGUAAUUUCACAGUCAAAUGACCACUUUGUGAAAAUACAGAUUUUUGAUGUGAAUUUUAUUUACAAUUUGAGUGGAAUUUGCACUUAAGAAGAACAUGCCUCACAGUUUCUAGUUCACCUUGGUUGCUGUUUUUUCCAAACUAUCUGCUUCCUUGUUGCCCUUGACACCCAUAUAUGCUGGAACCCAAAUAAAACCCACCUCACACCCUGCUUUGUGAAUUUGAAACAGUGCUUGAAAUAUGUCUCAUAGAAUAUUGGGUCUGGAUUUGGAGUUAGUUUCUUUUAUUGAUGUUAACACGGCUGCUGAAUUGCUACACAUGACUGACUUGAACAGUUUGUUGUCUAUCACCCACCAAAAUGCCAGUCGGAUCCCUAAUAUCAGGUUGGUUGUUUGUGUCUCAGGUAGCAGUGGGUACGUGCUGCUGUUUGAGACUGAUUAGAUGAUUUGGUCCAGCUGAGGGCUUCGAAGCUGCUUCAGGCUUUGUAAGGCUGCAGUGGGUUAUGGGGAGCAAACUCUGUAUUGUUUGAAGCAUUGUUUGUUGGCAUCCAGAAGGUGAGUGUUACCAUCUUCCGUUUUGUCCGGUAGUCUGUAGAUCGUGUAUCUUUUGGGUUGUGUUAGUUUUCUGUUUUUUCUAGCACUGUGGGGAGCCAUGAUUGUCUCUGUACAGCUAUCUUGUUGGUACUCCAUGUGAUCUGGUGAGGUUUAAUGCUACAGGUGGCUUCACAGACUAACUGGUUUGGUGCUUAAUACACCCGCAGCAGAACCGCAUGAAGACUGGUGGUGAGUUUAGUAAAUCCUGGUCAAGUAGUCAGUAGGAAAUUCUCUGUAAAGACUGUUAUUUGUGUGGUUUUGUCAGUUGACGUGCCUAUCUGUGGCAGUAAAUUUGAUAAUAUGGCUUCUUUGUCCAGCAGCGUUUGUUUAUAGCCGCAAAAAAAGAUGAAUUAUUUCAAAUAGCUGAUCACUAUAGUAUUGUAGUCUCUGAGAGAAAAGGUAAAGAUGAUGUUCAGGAUUUGGUGUCUUUGAUUGAGCUAGAAGUGUUAGAGGAGAGCGAGUCUCUAAGGGCUGCAGUAGAACUAGCAGUGUUGGUACCUGUUGGGUUGCAAGCAGCUGGACUGACUUUUGAGCAUCAGAAAGAAUCAUUAGCAAUGCAAUUUGAGUAGGACAACAUACUUUUAAAAGUGGAAGUGGAGGAUAGCUGCUUUUCUUUUUCUCGCUCCUUGAGUUAGAGAGAAUUUGUCAGGGCACUGAAAGAGUAAAGCUGGAAUUAAAGCAAGAUAACUUGCACGUGGUUCAUGACAUUAAGCUUCCUUUGGUACUGAGGAUCCUGUUUUUGUUGAUUCUGGACUUUGUGGGGUUGAUGUGAUUUCUAACUUGUGUUUGGUGCCAAAAUGUAAAUAUUCCACCUUGCUAGUAUAUCAUAGUACAAGAAUAUUUACAAUGUGUUGAUAAGAGUGGAACAUUCUGCCCGCACUGUUCUGAUGAUGAUGUUGAGGAACACAUUGUAGAACGGUCUCUAGAAAACAUCCUCAUAAUGUUCCAGUUGAUAUCAAAAGAACAUUCCCAAGCAACAUUCAAAAAAUGUUUUCCAGAUGCUAUUGAGAAUGACUUUCAUAUUACAAGAACAUUUUAUGAAAAUCAUGUGAGGCCUUGAUAACACGUGGAAAACAUUUUAUGAAUGUUGCGUUGAGAACGUUCGUCCUUCAGUAUCAUAGAUCCUCAUCUAUGUUCCUGACAACAUUGUCUGGAGCUGAAAGUCUUAUUUUACUUUGACCUCAAAGGAACAUUGCUGCAAAUGAUAAAUAUCCUUAAAACAUUCUUUGAACACGAGAUUAAAACUUUAAAAAUGAUAUUAGAACUUGUAGGUAAUGUUGUGGGAAUGUUCCCGGCUCGUUAGGAGGACUUUGUAAGUGCAUUAUAGGUUGAUGAUAUUUGACCAAUGCCAGAUCUUAAUUCUAAAUGUCAGUUUAAACUCAUUGUGAAAUGUGGAAGAAGAAACAAUCCUGUAGACGCACUUCCUUCUGACAAGAACUGGUUUGAGGUUGAGGUGGCAGAGCUCAAAAGCAGCAGUAACUUGUGAUCAGUAUGGAUGGAUGGAAACUGUGUUCUGUUCUUCUUUUACUAACUUUUUGCACUGACAGCCAAGGUAAUGAUGUUUUUAUCUCAUAAUCUUCCAGUCGUUGUUUUAAAGAGAACCACUAAACCUUCUGACAUUUCAAAUAUCAAGUGUCAUCUAGUGGAGCUACAAAUUCAAAACUAUAUCGAUCAAUUAUUGAGGCUAUUUUUCACAUUGAUUGCAGAGAUUCUUGUGAGGAUAGUUGGGAAGGAACCAGAUGACACUUCGAUAUGCAGCAACAUAAGCCUGAAUUUCAUCACGCUGAUAGUUUGUAAGAUCAGAACAAAGAGGAACAAACCGGAGUGUCGUCUGCUGUAUCGAUAUGGACACGACUUUGAACAUGGUUGUGGAUCCAGGUUCACAUUUGUGACGAAGAACCAAACUGUAUUUCUCCACCUGAGCAAUUUAACAGCAGGUGAUAAUGGAGGAUACAUCUGUGAGUGUUCACAUCUUGGAGGAACAGAUGUUCUCCAUUUCCUUGUCACAGUCACAGGUAAGCACCACAUUGUGAUUUUAUGCUCAGAUGUUGGCUAAAUUCAAGGUGGAUAUUUAAAUAUGUGGUCACAUUCUAUUGAACUGUUUACAUGGCAGAACUGAUUGUCGUUUUUCUUAAAGAAUUUUGGUGAGAACAUGCCGUCUAUGGCUAAGAAAUUAGACCUGUUUGAAUUUGCAGAAUAAAAUCUCUGGUGCUGUUAUGCUUUUAAACUGAUUUGGGUAUGCUUUGUGUGUUCAUUGCUGUGCUCACAUGUUAAUUUGAAUUCCAGAUGAUGUCAGUGAUAAAAUAUUGGAGAAUUACUACUCCACCAAGGAACAUGGUGGAGGUAUGUGACGGUCAGCGUUGGUUUGCCUGUUUAUCUGUUUGCAACGUUACUCAAAAAUGGAUUAACGGAUUCGGAUGAAAUUUUCAGAGAAGGUCAGAAAUGACACAAGGACCAAGAGAUUAGAUUUUGGCAGUGAUGCGGCUUAUAGUCUGGAUCCAUGGAUUUGUUAAAGAUUUCUGGAUCAUUGCGAGAUAGCGGUACGGCGUCACUGAAACUAUGACAAGUAGUGAACGCUACAUCAGCUGCCUGUUGACGAUCACAUGAUUGUGAUCCUACUACAAAUCCACCGCUGUGGACUUAUCGGGACUUAUCCGUCGGAAAUGAUACCUACCUAGGGAUCCUAUGCAUUUCAGUAGAAGGCAACUGGACCUCUAGUUUUAGGUUCUUGAAGAGGUUUCACCUCAUCAACUGACUGUCCCACAUAAACACUACCGUUCAAAUGUUCGGGGUCAUGUAGAAAUGUCCUUAUUUUUGAAAGAAAGGCAUUUUUUUUUCUGUGAAGAUAAUAUUAAAUGAAUCAGAAAUACAGUCUAGACAUUGUUAAUGUGGUAAAUGACUAUUCUAGCUGGGAAUGACUGAUUUUUAAUGAAAUAUCUCCAUAGGGGUACAGAGGAACAUUUCCAGCAACCAUCACUCCUGUGUUCUAAUGCUACAUUGUGUUAGCUAAUGGUGUUUUCAUGGAAAACAUAAAAUUGUCUGGGUGACCCCAAACUUUGGAACAGUAGUGUAUAUUGUCCCCCUAAAUAACACAAAUAAUGGCCCAUUAACAAGCCAACUCUCACAUUAACUUGGGAUGUGAAUUGUUAUAAACCUGCCAGGUGAGAAAUCACUAAAGGCAUUUAAGCUGUCUGGGGAAAGAUCUCAAUACUGCAUUAUAAUAAGUGGUGUUGUAGACCCCGCCAUUGUUUCACUUCUCUCAAACAUCUGUCUUCUCUGUCCAGAAUAUGUACAUCACUGUCCUCAAAGGAGUCUUUUAUGCUUUAGAUGAAGAUAAACUGCUGAGUCUUGUUCUGAUAACCAGUUUUUAUGGUCUUGUGGGGUGGUUGUUUAUUCUCUUCUAUAUAGGUCUGUGCAUUCCUGUAUUAUUAAGGGUUGUCUGGGUCCAUUUCAUCCUACAAAAUAAAAGUCCUGAUGCAUCUUGUUUUUUAAACUCUGCUUUAAUUAUGCUGGACAAAGUUUGAGAAUCUGUCACCUCUGAGUUGUGGAAACUUCCACUUUCAAAUAUAUAUUUCUGUAUUUUGAAUGACAAACACUUGCAUCUGAAGGAUAAGGAUCACACUUUGAGGCCUGAAAUGUCCACAUUCUGGGCAGAGAAGAUAAAUCUACUAUCCAAGUUAAACUGGAACAGCCAUCUCUAAACAGAGCAGGACGUCUACAACACCACUUAUCAGGUACUUAGAAUGCAGUCUUGAGACCAUUCACCACUCGAGACAUGAGUCUUGGAUAAUUUCCAGGACAUUAGUCUAGUGUUUUGAGGUGAGAAUAAAUAGCUGGAGCUUCCCAUCAGUCAGUCAGGACAGAAAAAAGUUCUUGGAUGAGACAUGAAACAUUUUAAUGAACCAAAAAUAACUCUGGCUGCCGUCGACUGAAGCACUGAGUGUCAUCAUGAUGUUUCUUUACACAUUAAGCUAAAUCCCACCAAGUGUUUUUUUUUUCCUGACAGAUGUUUUUUUUUCUUUUCAAUGUUUUAGAUUUGGAAGAGGCCAGCAGUUCAACAGAAAUGUUGAUUUUUGUUUCUUUGACUGGUGCAAUGAUAGCAAUCAUAACUGGAGUAAUUCUGGGAUUUAUCCACAGGAGAAGAAGUCGUGGGUGAGACGCUAUUACUGUUAUACUAGUUGUAUAUAGUUACACUAGUAUCAGCAAAGUUAUACACUUUGUUGAUGUGGAUAUCUCAUAUUUCACGCUGUCUUACUGUAUUCAUGGCUAAGUGAAAAAUAAUAUUUUAAUCACU